GCUUAAAAAUAGAACGAAUAGAUAAAAUUUUCAAAAAAAAAAAAACUUCUCAAAUCGCUAUUAUAAAUCCAGUCUUUUCUUUAUUUGAUCUCUUUAUUCUUUGUCCUUCUAAUAUUUUCAACAAAUGUCAACGUUAUACGUCGACAAUCCUAUACCCAGUUACAAUGAAUCACUAAAAAACCAACUUAGAAAAUUUCCAACCUACACUAAAGGCUAUAUUAAAAGCUUUUUUCCUUUUGUCAAUUGGCUGCCAAGAUACAACUUCAUUUGGCUUUCUGGAGAUCUGACAGCAGCUUUGACUAUUGGCGUGCUUGUUAUUCCGCAAAGUCUCGCUUAUGCAAAAAUAGCCAAUCUACCUCCAGUAUAUGGCUUAUACUCCAGUUUUCUGGGUGUUAUGUUAUAUCCCUUUUUAGGAACUUCCAAAGAUAUCAGCAUAGGUGCUAGUGCCAUUUGCUCCUUGUUGGUAGGCCAAGUUAUGAACAAAUUUUAUGCAUCACAACAAUAUCUUUCUGGACAAUGGACCACCCACGAUGUAGUAGUAACACUCACACUUUUUUCUGGAUUAAUUGUACUUGUUCUGGGCGUAUUACGAUUGGGCGCCUUAUUCAACUUUAUCAGUCAACCAGCAAUUGCAGGAUUCAUGGCUGGAAGUGGUCUCACGAUUAUCAUCAACCAAUUCAAUAAGAUUUUUGGCGUGCCCCAUAUCAACACAUCAGAAGCACCUUAUCUUGUGUUUGGGAAGACCUUGAUUAACUUGCAUCAUUCAACUGUUGAUGCCGCAUUCGGAAUUUCAGCCCUUAUAUAUCUUUUCACUGUAAAAUAUUACGCCCAACAUCUUAUGCAACGAUAUCCUCAGUAUGGUCGGUGGAUUUUCUUUUUCAACAGCAGUAGAUCUAUUGUUGUUUUAGUAUUUGGAACAUUGCUCACCUUUAUGAUCAAUCACUUCGGUUACUUCCAGCAAAGUCCUAUUUCAAUUAUGGGUGUGAUUCCUGCAGGUUUAAAUGACAUUGGUGUGCCUAGUAUAAGAACUGACAUUCUCAGUUUCUUCUCUUCUGAUUUACCUGGCAUCAUCGUUCUCAUGGUCAUGGAACACGGUGCUAUUGGUACCAGCCUCGGAAAAGUUGCUAAUUAUAAAAUCAAUAUGAGCCAAGAAAUGUUUGCCACUGGUUUAGCCAAUGUUUUUGGGUCUUUCUUUUGUUCCUAUCCAGGUACUGGUACCUUCUCUAGAAGCGCUGUUAUGUCCAAGUCAGGCGUGCGAACUCCUUUGGCCAGUUUUUUUGUAGGUGUUAUUGUUCUACUCGCAAUUUAUGUAUGCACCCCCGCUUUCACUUAUAUACCAUCUGCAGCCUUGGCUGCAACAAUCGCACACGCAGUGACCGAUCUUGUGUCUGGACCAGCUGUGUGGAAGAAAUAUUGGGACGCAAAUCCGUUCGAAUUUGUAAUCUUUGCGUCUGCAUACAUUAUUGCUCUUUUCAGUCGUAUUGAUAUUGCCGUCUACGUACCCAUCGCUUUAUCACUCCUUGCUCAACUUUAUCGCUCAGCUCGGCCCAGAUAUGCCGUUUUAGGCCGUUUAGAUCUGGAUUUGGAGUUAACAAACAGCAUUUCAACGAACAACGACGAGAAAAACCAGCAAAAAAGUCAAUUUGAUCUAUGCGUUGUUGACAGCUACUCAGAUAACAAUCAAUAUUUCCCAGUCGAUCAUCCUACAUUGAAUAGGUUUAUUCGCCCUAUUGAUGAAGGCAUCAUCUGUUUCCGGCCUUUGGAAAAUAUUGUGUUUGAAAACGCUACUUACAUUUUUGACAAACUUCAAGAAGAAAUUGAAUCAACUACUCGUCGUGGUAGAAUGCCUGCUGAGAAAUUGGGCGAUCGACCAUGGAAUAAUGCUGAACCUGCUGGUAAAGAACUGGAAAAGCCCUUGUUGUACUCUGUCGUCCUUGAUCUCUCAGGUGUCCAUCAAAUGGACUACACUGGAAUGGAAGCCCUGAAAGAUGCCGCUAUAGCAGCAGAAGGAUAUUCUGGUCAACAUGUCAAUUGGUAUAUUGUGACAGGUGAUUCUCUAGCUGUUCGAAAAUAUCUCUUAUUUGCUGGUUUCGGUAACCAGCGUCGUGAUCUCAAACGACACGGCUCUUUCUUCUCUGAUUUGCGCCAUGGUGUAGAAGAGGGCGGUCAUCGUCCUGGUAUUGCAGGCUGUCGAGCUGCUACCGAUGCUCAACAUGCUACCGAAACAGAAAAGAAAACGAGAGCCGCUCAUAAUGAAAUUGUCACCAUUGAAGAGGUUCACAAUAAGCACCGAGCAAACUUUUUCCAUUUAUCCAAAGGAAGAAAAAUAAGCCAUUCUCAAAGCAUCAACUGCAGCAAUAAUCACAACAAUGAUGUUUAUACCGAAAAUGAUGUUAGUGAUGAUACCCAACAACCCAAGACUGUAGAUAUUGCGGAUGAAGAAUUGGGAGACGCAGCCUCUGAACCUCACGACAAGUCUAGUGGGUGGUGCUACUGUAAUUACGCCACUAACAACUUUGAAAACCCCGCAGAAAACAGAUUUGUUGAGCUUCAAGAUCGUUUCCCAUUUUUCUUCACGUCACUUAAUGAGGCUGUACGCGCUGCUCUCACUAAAAAGGAUGAAGAAACUGACAUAUACUCACUCAACAGUGUCAGUGUCAUCUCUGAUAGAGAAUCACCUGCGUUCCAUGAAGAAGCAAGUUCGUCAACAUAAAUUCUUUCCUUACUUUAUAGACAUUUUUUACUUUCCCUUUGUAUAUAUACUUAUAUUAUUGAUCACUAACCUAUUACAUUCAUUACCUGUACUAUAUUUGCUUACUAACUCUUUGAAUCUUGUUGAUACCAUUCUACUAAACAAUAUUGAACCAAUAUCCGGUAGUUCAUAUUUUAAUG